AUGAGUGCCAUCCUGUUAGUUCUUGGCGUCCUCGUCAUCAUCUAUUUCCUAUUAGGGCGCAGCGCAGAACAUGAAAUAAGGGAAAAGAAAGUUCUUGUGGUUGGUGGAAGCAGUGGACUGGGCCUUGCCUUUGCGCAGAUACUGAAGAAGGCUGGAAACGAUGUCACAAUAACAUCCAGGUCUGCGAAAAGGCUGAAGCUUCUGAAAAGGGAGUGGGGAUUUGGAACGAAAGUGCUAGACGUGAGUACAAUGGAUGCCCAGGAGCCAUCAGACUUCGAUUAUAUAUUCUGUUGUGCAGGCAUUUCCUAUCCCUCAUACUUUACUGACCAGUCGCUUGAGCUUUUUAAGGAAACAAUGGCUACAAACUACCUUGGGACUGUUGCAGUAUUAAAGCACUAUGUGGCUGCUAACAAAAAGCCCAUGGGGUUUGUCAUGGUAGGAUCUACUUUGUCGUUGCUUACAUUCCCGGGGUUCUCUUCUUACUCCCCUACGAAGGCAGCUCUUCUCUCACUGUUCUACACACUUCGUGAUGAGAUGGCCAAGUUGGAUGUGAAGCUGUAUUUCUACAACACAGCAUCCAUCCAGACACCGGGACUCGAAAGGGAGAACCAGACAAAGCCUGCAUACACAAGGGCCAUAGAGGAGAUGGUACCUCCGUCCUCUGCCCAGGAGAGAGCCCUUGUAUUUCUGAAUGGAAUGAAGAAAAGGAGCAUAGUGGCAUCUGAUAUCUUCACGUACCUAUGCCAGAUAAGGCUUGAGUGCGAAUGCCUUUCUGACUAUCUCCUUUUUCCUAUGUCCGUCGUUGUUGUGUUUAUACUGCGGAUCUAUGUGAGAUGGAAGUUCAAGGCUCAGGAGAAGAUAAAUAGUAGGGAGAACACCUACAUUAAGAAUAAAUAA